AUGACUGGAGCUCAUGCUGAUAGCCUCGCCCAGCUCACUCGGUCCAUCCAGGAGUGGUUCGACUCGCCCAGAUUUGCCAACACUCAACGCUCGUAUUCCGCCGAGCUGAUAGCCACCAAGCGGGGCAGCCUGCCGGUCCAUCAGGACAGCUAUGCCAACCUCCAAGCACGGAAGCUGCGGAAACUGCUCGCCGAGGCCCAACAAACCCACCAACCAGUCCUCACCAUGGGCGCACUCGACCCAGUUCAGCAAUCCCAGAUGGCCCAUCAUCUGCCAAUCGUCUACGUCAGUGGCUGGGCAGCCUCAAGCACCUUCGUCCCCGGAACGCACGAAGUCGGACCCGACCUGGCAGACUAUCCAUACCACACCGUGCCCACAGCUGUCCAAAGACUCGUCAAAGCCCAGCAACUACACGAGCGGAAAGAAUGGGAUGCCCACGCGUCUGAGCCCGACAUGGGCCGCCCAUCUGUGGAAUACCUCAAGCCGAUCGUGGCCGAUGGAGACAACGGACACGGGGGCCUAUCGACGGUCAUGAAGCUGGCCAAGGCGUUCGGCGAAGCUGGCGUAGCCGGGGUGCAUUUCGAAGACCAGCUGGUGGGGGGCAAGAAGUGCGGCCACCAAGCGGGCAAAGUGUUGGUGCCGACAUGCGAGCAUCUUAGUCGGCUGCGAGCGGCACGGAUGCAAUGGGACAUCAUGAGCCUCGAGACCCUCUUGAUCGGCCGGACCGACGCCGAAAGCGCUAAGCUCAUCAGCUCCGACCAUGACCCCCGCGACCAUCGCUUCAUCUUGGGCAUCCAAACCGGCCCGCCUCAUCACCAAAAGAUCGCCUUGGCCGAGGAAAUCAUCCGGGCUGAGGAGCGCGGCGCGUCGGGCGAUGAAAUCAAUGAGAUCGAGAAGCGGUGGACCGAGUCCGUCGAGCUGAUCACGUUUGAUCAAGCCGUCGAACGAGCCUUUGAACAAUACAACAUUCCCUCGAGCAAAUAUUCCGAAUACUUGAAAGAAGUCGAAGCCCAAGAACUGUCGCACCGAGAGUCAUCGAUCCUUGCGCGAAAGAUGAUCGCAGAUGGCACGAAUGGGAAGGAGACCCUGGAGCAGAUCGGAUGGAACGCGCAGCUUGCACGGACCAGGGAGGGGUAUUACAGGUUCAAGGGCUGUCUCCAAGCCGCGAUUAAUCGCGCAUUGAAGUUCUGUCCCGUGUCGGAUCUCGUGUGGAUCGAGACUAAAGAGCCCAAUCUUCUGAAAGCCCAAUCGAUCGCAACCCAAAUACGCCGCCAUUUUCCCAGCCAGAGUCUGGUCUACAACCUCUCGCCGUCAUUCAAUUGGUCUCACCACGGCUUUUCGCCCGAAGAUCUGAAAGCAUUUGUCUGGGAGCUCUCGCGCUUCGGGUUCAAUCUGCAGCUGAUAUCGCUCGCGGGUCUGCAUUCGACCGCGACGAUGACCGCUCAAUUGGCGAAACGGUUCAAAGAGGACGGGAUGCUCGGAUACGUCGAGUCUAUCCAGGCCGUCGAGAAGGAGAUUGGCUGCGACGUGCUCAAGCAUCAGAAAUGGAGCGGCUCUGAAUACAUCGACCGGAUCCUAAGCGCCGUCUCCGCGGGCUCUUCGGCCACCGCGGCAACUGGGGCCGACUCAACCGAAAAAACAUUCUAA